AUGAGGUACAUGAGCUACUUAAGCCAUGGAGAGCUACAAAUCUUCAAGAGGAUAUUGAUAAAUUGCUACUUCCUGCCCUACUCUGUCAGCAUCACCUGGGAGGAGGUGGACAGCGCCAGCUGGGCAGAGGUGGUUCAUCUGUUAAUAGAUUCCCUUCCUGGAGUACGAGCUUGGGGUGUGGCUCAUGAAAUCUUGAACCGAAUGAACCAGAGAAGAAUUAGUUUGCUGGUACAGCAAGAGCUAAUGGAUGAAAUACAGAAGUACAAACAGUGUGUGAUAAAAGAGGCCACCCCUGUAUGGGACAACACCAUCUGGCCUGGAAACCAAGCAGACUUCUUGUACGUCCAGGUGGAAAAACACGAGGCAAUUUUGCAAUGUCUCUUUCUACCCAGGAAGCCCCAUGGCACACAGCCUAAAACUGUGGUGAUUCACGGGAUUCCUGGUAUUGGGAAAACAACCCUGGCCAGAAUGAUAAUGGUGAUGUGGGCAUACAACAGGUUCUAUGCACACAAAUUCAAGUAUGCUUUCUAUUUCCAUUGCCGAGAACUGGCCUGGGCGGGAGAGCGCAGCUUCUCUGAGUUGAUUGAGGGCCAAAGGCUUAGGCCUCGGGCUCUCGUGUCUAAGAUUUUAUCCAGUCCAGAUCAACUACUGCUCAUGUUUGAUGGCUUUGAGGAACUCUCAUUUCCCCUCAUCACAGACCCAGCUGGUCUGAUGGAAGACUGGAACAAGAAGUUGCCUGGGUCUGUUCUUCUAAGCAGUUUGCUAAGCAAAACAAUGCUUCCAGAAGCCACACUCCUGAUCAUGGUGAGACCAACCUCCUGGGAUGGAAUUAAACUCUUAGUCAAACAUCCGUUCCAUGCCACCCUGACCGGGUUUAAUAAAACUGAAGUACUCAACUAUCUCAGGUUGCAUUUCACAAGCAAAAUGACAAGCAACCAAGCUGUGGAUUUUGUCAUGAGAAACACCACUCUCUUGUCCAUGUGUCAGGUCCCUGUGGUAUGCUGGGUGGUAUGUUGUUGUCUGAAAAAUCAAAUACAAAAUAUGGUAGUAGAUCUCACAAAGGCUUGUCCAAACGCAACGUCUGUGUUUGUCUUGUAUCUGGGUAAUUUGUUCCGACAUGUAUUUAAGAAAUUUCCCCAUGGUCAUUAUCAAAAUCAGCUGGAAGGUUUGUGCCAUCUGGCUGCCCAGGGCAUGUGGGGCCUGAAGAGUGUGUUUAACAAGAGCGACUUUCAGUAUUUCAUGGUGGAUGAGACCACCAUAGACAUCUUUCUUCAUACAAACAUUCUUCGAAAGCUAGAAGGCCAAGGAGAUCGUUAUGUAUUUGCCUUGUUUACCUUCCAGGAACUUUUUGGUGCCUUGUUUUAUGUCCUCUUUUUCCCCCAAAGAAUGGUGUAUUAUCACUCGUUGAGCCUUUUGAACAUCUGGCACCUGAUCGAAGUAUCAAGAGAAAAAAAAAGCUGUGCAGCUCAAAUGGGGCUUUUCUUCUUUGGUCUGUUAAACGAACAAUGUGUCAACAUUGUGGAGAGAUCCUUCAACUGCAAGUUAUGCUUGGCUAACAAACUAAAGGCCACAAAAGUGAGUGACCGUGAGGGCUAUGACCACUCACAGCUAUUCCUCUGUCUCACCGAAACCAGGGAGGAGAGCUUUGCAGUGCGUGUGCUGGAGAGGUGUCAGGGAGUUUCUCUGAAGAUCGAGAACCAGGAAGACCUUCAGACAUCUGCCUUUUGCCUUCAGUGCUGUCGAGAUUUGAAGAAAGUAGAACUGACUCUCUCAGAAGACUUCUACAAGGAUCUCUGGCACAGCUCAGCCGAUUCUUCCUCUUCCUAUGUCAUUCGAAUGAACGAGAAUAAGAUUGUUUUCAACUGGUGGCAAGAUAUCUGCUCUGUGUUUGAAACAACUGAAAAUUUGGAAAUGCUGGCUGUGUCUGACAGCCACCUGGAAGCCCCAAUCAUGCAGAUAUUCAACAAGGCCCUGAGGCAGCCAGAACUACGGUUGGAAUACCAUAAGGCCACCCCUAGAGAUUGUCAAAGGCGUACACCGCUGAGGACGCUGCUUCUGAGAAAAAGCCGCCUAUAUGUGCCCGGUAUAAACCACCUGAUAAUGAGUCACGUCAGGGAGCUGGCGCUGGAGAACUGUGGCCUCAGUGAGGUCUACUGUGAAGGGAUUGCCUUCUCUCUCAGGCACAAUAAGAUGCUGACCCACCUGAGCCUGGCAGAGAACAGCUUGAAGGAUGCAGGGUCGAAGCCCAUCUGGAAUGCUUUGGCAUAUUUAAUGUGUCCUUUGCAGAGACUGGUGCUAAGGCAGUGUUUUUUGACUUCAGCUUGCUGUGAAUAUAUGGCAUCAGCUCUCAAGAACAAUAAAAGCCUCAGAAGUCUGGACCUGAGUUGUAAUAAGCUAGGGGACAAUGGGGUCAUCCUGCUCUGUGAUGCUCUGGCAAAUGCGGACUGCAACGUGUUAAUUCUAGAGCUGGAAGAGUGCAGCUUCACCUCCAGCUCUUGCCAUGCGAUGGCAUCCAUGCUCCGUAGCCACAAGAAGCUGAUGCACUUGGACCUGAGCAAGAAUGUCAUCAGACUCGAUGGCAUACUGACCUUGAGCCUGGCAUUCUUGUACCAUAGGAAUAUGGAAAAUGUCAUUCUGAAGAAGAAGUCUAAUGAAAAGGUGGACGUGUACACAAGACUAAAGGGCCCAGAGAUAGAGGAUGGCCGUCUGAAGAUCGUACAAGACUGGAACUCUUAA